CCCACAUACGGAAGAAUCGCCUCAGCCGUCGCCAUUCAGCUUAGAUACUGCUUUAAAAUUUCACAUAUUUUAAAGUGAAAACGCAUAUAUUAGAGCUGUCACCACUUCAUAAAACAGUAGAUAACCAAAAAAAAAACACAACAAAACAACAAUUUCCAUGAAGUUUUACUGCUGAAACUACAUUUAAGGAAGCUGAAGUUCUUAGAAGUGGCAUUCAGGACUGCCGGAUGAUCGCUUUUCCCCAGGAUGAAGAUCUUUCUCAGCACCUUUUUUACUCUUCUAACUGUUGUAAACAGUAUGGUGAAUGAAGAGAUUAAAGUAACAGGAAUAGAGCACAACACUGCUGUGAUUGUGUGUCCGUACACUAAAGGAUAUGAAGAUUAUCCCAAAUACUUCUGUAAGGGAAUCUAUAAAGAGUGUAGAUACAUUAUAAGGACUGAUGUUAAGGAGAGGUGGAAAUAUGAAGGAAGAUUCUCUCUGCAAGACGACACUGAUAAGAAAAAUAUUGUGGUGACCAUCACCAACCUCAGCAUGAACGAUGCAGGACCAAAUGGAUGUGGAAUUGAGACAACAGGACAAGACCCAUUUACUCUAGUCCAUCUGACUGUGAUUAAGGCUCCUAAACCUCCAAAACCUCAAAAACCCCAUCAAUCAACCUCAACUACUGCCAAAACUUCCACCCAAACUCAACCAAAAGGAGCCAUCGGUGGAGUCCUGCUGAUGCUGGCAGUAAUAUCUGCAAUGUUUUAUGUCUUUAGAUGCAAACCAGGGAAGAAUGAAACAGAUCAUGUGCACUCAGAGGUGGACAAUGAGGAUGUUCGCUUGUAUGAGGAGAUACAGCCCUCCAAUCCUACACAGGACGCCGACACAAUCUCCACCAAUCAGAACCCUCGUCCAGCAUGUAUCACCAUAUACUCCUCAAUAACAAAUCCAACCCCUGAAUUACACUCUGAAUACACACUGGCUACAAAUCCUAAACCAAUUACAGACUCCAGCCAAUCCGACCAAAGCUCAAACGACCCAAACUACAGUAAAAUAUAUUUCAUUAACAACAAAACUUUAGAUUCUACAGUGAGUUGCAACGAUACGACAUAUUCAACUGUUCAAAAAGUCUUAAAAGACUAAAACUGAAAAACGAAAUCUUAGCUGAAUGUAGUUCAGAUUAAUCCACUAUUGGAUUUUCACAAAAUUAAUUAACCCUCUAUGGCAUGAAUUUUAUAUUUCUUAAGAAAAAUAAUAAUAGCCACCACUGCAUUAGCUUUAUUAGAAUUAUUUCUCUAACAAAUAUGGUUUAACUGUAUAUUGUUGCCCAAAUGAAGACA